AUGGCAACCGUUGUGGUGCAGCAACCGCUACGCCACACCACUCCUCCGCCUGGAACUGUCGCCCCGGCUUUGACCCUCAAUAGAACCUCUUCUCCUGUGCCAAAUAAACAUAUCCCCGUGUGUCCUACCGGGCCGUCGCCCGUUUCUUCACGAACUAGCUCGCCUGCUCCAAAGGAUGAUGUCGUCCUCCCGACGUCUUCGCCUCUUCACCCCCCCGAUGCUUUCCCCAAGAUCUCAGAGUCGCCCCUUUUAUACUCGAUAGAAAUUGAAAUACUGGUGGCUGCUGUCGAUCACUGUUCUUCGCAGCCGCUGCCAGAUCCAAAUCUGAUGUUCCCUUGGCUGCAUGGACUGCAUCCUGAGAACCACCUACAGGUCGGGUUCUUCACCAACCGACGGCGUUCUCUUCGCCGAACACCGAAGUGUUGGAGAGGCCUUACAAUUGUCAAAGUAGGCGGCGAUUUAUCGACAUCGAGGCUGAAAGGCGCCAUUACUCCUGACGCGAUUCUCGCUCCGUCAGGAUUGGAAUUCCUCGCCACUGACCCACGGGAAGGGUUCUCAGUGCGCAAUUUCCAGAUCCAGACAGCAAAGGUGGCUCCGCUGUCCGAUAUUGUUGUUUACGGCGAGGAUGGCGUGACCGCGAAGCAGCUUCUCGAAGUCGCAAGCAGGAUCGCAACUGCACAGCAUCACUGGAGACUCAAGCAUGACCAUGAGCAGACCUUGCCGUCAUAUAAUACAUUUGUUGUCUCCUGCCCAUUUUCAGAUAUCGAACGCAGAGCUCCUAAUUUGGUAGCGGUUAACUCUAGCGGCCAACUCACUAAUCAGGUUGUGGAUCUUUGUGAGUCUACUGAAUGCUGUGCGAGAAUUCGGUCUAACAAGCGUCUAGUCCAGUUAGAACGAUUGGAGAUGUGUACCAUGUCGCGGGCGACUGAGUUUGCACACAACGUUUGGCAAGGUCCUACGCCGGAUUAUCUCCUACAAGCCGGUGCCUCCGGUACUCCCUCUGCUGACGCAUUUGACCUGAUGAUUGACGCAAACGAUCUUGCUGGGAUCCCUGGCCCUCGCUACUUAGCGAACCUCGCUAAGCGUCUCGCGAAAGAGCCUCAACGAAUGGAGUUCCCCUCCUCCGGCUCCCUUCUGACUCCAUCCGGAGAGAGUAGAGAUCUUGACGACUUGAUUAAUACACUUCGGUGGAUCUACUACCUCGCGAACCCUGAGGUUGUAGAAACGGAUGCUGAGGGUGACGUCUCCAUGGACAUCCCUCCCAGGAAGACACGGAGGAUCCUAAUCCAUUGCCCAGAUGGGUAUACCGAAAGCUCCUUACUAGUUAUCGCCUACACUAUGUUUGCCGAAGGCAUUUCUGCGAGCGAAGCUUGGCUUAGGCUUCACAGGGAAAAGAAGCGGAAUUUCUUCGCCUACCCUUCCGACGUCGCAUAUCUAAAGAAUGUUCAAGAGCGAAUACUUCAAGAAAGCCCCGCGAAUCCUCCAACAUACCGCGUGUCAGAUCCGCAAUGGUUCAAAUACUGCGACGGUUCUUUGCCAAGUCGAAUCUUGCCAUAUAUGUACCUCGGAAAUCUGUCACAUGCCAAUAACCCGGAAAUGCUCUGGGAGCUUGGUAUCAGGCGUGUUCUCAGCAUCGGUGAAGCUGUAACGUGGAGUGACUCGGACAUCGCAAGAAUGGGUGCUGAAAAUCUGAUGCAUAUUACCAAAGUGCAGGACAAUGGCAUUGAUCCUUUGACACAGGAGUUUGACCGCUGUCUUGAGUUCAUCCGUAAAGGAAAGUCGGACGGAGCGGCCACCCUCGUUCACUGCCGGGUGGGUGUCUCACGCUCAGCAACAAUAUGUAUCGCGGAGGUCAUGGCGUCCCUCAAUUUAUCUUUUCCACGGGCAUAUUGUUACGUCCGUGCAAGAAGACUCAAUGUUAUUAUUCAACCACACCUACGAUUUGUAUACGAGUUGCUAAAGUGGGAAGAACUUCAACAAAAGAAAAACAAACAGCCAGUGAAGAGAGAACUUGAAUGGGCAACUGUAGCUCGCGAGAUCGCCCUCAUGAACAAGCCUUAUUCGAGAUAA